UAUUCGAUCAACCUUCUCGCCUUGUGUCUUCCCCGCAUUUAAAACUCCGCCAUGAAAGCUUUCGAAGGGCAGAAGGGAAAGAGAAAAGCAGAUGUUACUGUUGCUUAAAGCGAGAGAGAGAGAGACGGAGGGAGAUAGAAAGUAGAGAAUGGAAGCUGUGAAACCAUGGAUUCUAUUGUUCUCAAUACUCCUCCUAUUCUCUCACAUUUUCAUUCUCACUACUCUCGCCGAAGGCGUUACUCCCCAGGAAGCCAAGCUACUACGCGACGAGGUACGUGGCAUGUUCUAUCAUGCGUUUGAUGGAUAUAUGGAGAAUGCUUUUCCUUUAGAUGAAUUAAGACCUCUGACAUGCGAGGGAGAAGACACACUAGGAGGUUAUGCCUUGACUCUGAUUGACUCCUUAGACACACUAGCUUUAUUGGGUGACCGAGAGCGGUUUGCUACCUCAGUUGAAUGGAUUGGUAAAAACCUUCGGUUUGAUAUUAAUAAGACGGUAUCUGUGUUUGAGACUACCAUCCGAAUCCUUGGAGGUUUACUUUCUGGUCAUCUUAUUGCCAGUGAUUAUGCUACGGGUAUGAAAAUUCCAUCCUAUGACAAUCAAUUGCUUCAUUUGUGUGAGGAUCUGGCACGGAGAUUGUUACCUGCAUUUGACACUCCUACAGGAAUUCCCUUUGGAUCUGUCAAUCUAUUGCAUGGAGUUGAUGAACAUGAAAGCAAGAUAACUUCAACAGCAGGUGGUGGGACAUUGACCUUGGAAUUUGGGGUGCUUAGCCGCUUAACUAAUGAUCCCAUUUUCGAGCAAGUUACAAAGAAUGCAGUGCGUGGAUUAUGGGCUCGCCGAUCAAAGCUGAACCUAGUUGGUGCUCAUAUCAAUGUUUUUACAGGUGAAUGGACACAGAAGGAUGCUGGAAUAGGAACAAGUAUUGACUCAUUUUAUGAGUAUCUCUUGAAGGCUUACUUAUUAUUUGGGGAUGAAGAGUACCUGUUCAUAUUCCAAGAAGCUUAUGGGGCUGCUAUGUACUAUCUUUACAAUGAUCCAUGGUAUGUGGAGGUAAACAUGGAUUCUGCUGCUAUUGUUUGGCCAUUAUUUAAUAGUUUGCAAGCAUUCUGGCCAGGCCUUCAGGUUCUAGCUGGAGACAUUGACCCUGCUAUUCGAACGCAUACUGCCUUUUUUAGUGUUUGGAAAAGAUAUGGCUUCACCCCAGAGGGUUUUAAUCUUGCCACAUUAAGUGUUCAGCAUGGCCAGAAAAGUUAUCCACUUCGUCCAGAGUUAAUGGAGAGCACAUAUUGGCUCUAUAAGGCUACCAGGAACCCCAGAUAUCUUGAUGCUGGAAGGGACAUGGUUACUAGCUUGCAGUAUGGGGCUCGAUGCCCUUGUGGAUACUGUCACAUAUCAGAUGUAGAGUUUCAUAAACAGGAAGAUCACAUGGAGAGCUUUUUUCUAGCUGAAACAGUCAAGUAUUUGUGGCUUCUUUUUGAUUUGGCUGCGGGUUCGGACAACCUUGUUGAAAAUGGGCCAUACAAGUAUAUCUUCAGUACUGAAGGCCACUUAUUGCCUGCAACCCCACAAAUAUCUCUUAUACGUGAACAUUGUUCAUAUUUUGGGGCCUACUGUAAUAAUGAUGACUCAAGACAAGAUUCUCGUACUUUGGACCUCUCAGCGGAUCAUCAGGAAAAUAAUAGUCAAUUAUAUAGAGGUUGGGAUCCUUCCAGUUCUCCGUCGGACAACACUCUCCGUGAGCCUACGUCUAUUUCAGGAUCAAUGAAGGGGCUAUGUCCAGGACUAACUCAUGGACAAAAGUUUGGCGUAUCAUAUCUGGCUUCAACUGAUAAAAAAACUCAUGAGGGUGAGUCCACAAGCCAGAAAGAGGCAACUGUGGUUCCCACCCAAUCUGCAGUGAUUGUUUCUAAUCCAGAUGCCGAGUCCACAGGCCAAAGAGAGGUCACUGUGGUUCAAAGCCAUUCACUGGUGGUUGUUUCUAACCCAGAAGUUGAGUUCUCACAACCUGAUGACAAGAAUGAUCAUGAUAAAGAUCAGGGAUUGAUUGAAGAAGAGCUAGAGAGUGACCCGUCUCAAGACAUUGAUGAAGGUGCAUGAGUUGCUUGUUAAGACUUCUGGAGGAAGAUAAAUGGGAGAAGUGCUGGAGCAGUUCAGCCUUUGUAUACAGAAAGCCUAUAUAUGAAUCUGGGCUCUCGGACUGGGACGUGUGAUUUCUGUUCAUGGAUUCGAGUCUGUCGCCUGCUAUUGAUGCGUUGGGCUUGGAUCUUCGAUGUGAGGAUAUAGACAAGAAGAACAAGCUGCCCUGUACGAUAUGUUGCUGGCUGUGUAAUCUAGCUGAUUUUAUUUAAAUUUGUUUUUGGGAAUUCUGUGUAAAGUUGAUUUAUUUAGGAGAAGGCACAUCUGCAGACAUUGCUUGGAAUAAUAAGAGGCUUGGGUGGAUCACAGACCUAAUACUGCAGAAGCUCUGAACAAUUUUUACCACCUGAUUUGUUCAAUUUUUAACAGGCAUUGAUGGCCCACCGGACAUCUGUGGAUUGGUCCCAUUUCGGGCUUCCAUCUAUAGAGCAUGGAUAGAUAAAUUAUGUUCUGAUUAUAAUAAUGAUCCAUUUAGAUGUUGAUAUAUAUCACUUCAUUAUUUGGGCUGUUA